UCACUGAGGCGACCUAUUGAAGAUGAAACGCUCCUCUGUUCUCAUUCCUCUCCGCACUCAACUUAGUAGCGCUGUCUCAGACGAUGCUUUUCUGCCUGCUCUGGCAGCACGAGCAUCUCCAAUGUAGAUAAACUUACUUUCGCACUGGGGAAACGUUAUGAUAUCGAAUCAGUUCUCGUUUAUUAACUUGACAUCAAAAUGUUUUCUCGGCGGAGGUGCCGAAGAACAAAUGGCGUUAUACUGUUCCACCUGCAGUAUUUGGGAGAUGAUUUAAAUGCCGCGGAUGACUAGGUGAUCACGAGAAGGAAGUGCAUUUUGUACAGAUGUUUUGGAUCUUUUUUUCCUCUUCCUUUUUCAUUUUCUGAGAAGUCAUUUAAUGAUCGGGGAAGGAUAAUUGUGUUUCUGGAUAUGUCAUUUCUGAAGUGGGCAUGAUCAGCUUACAUUUGUAAAUAUUAUAGACAUUCGGAUUAUCUGUUCUGUUGGAGUAGGCAUUUUUUUGCACCAACUCGAAUUGGAAUGAUUUUUUGUGGUCUUAUCAUCACGAAGGUGCACUUGCUCGCUUGAUUACGAUUCCAACAAAGUGGAACCAGACAUUUCAACGCGCAUGGAGACUUGCAAUUUAAGGGACCUGGGACACUCUCCUUGAAUGCGUCAGACUGCCGCGGCGAAGGAUGGGCCCUUUUCUCCCGGCGAUUUGCGUCGUGCUGCUCGCCCUGAACGCCGCUGUCUCGCCGGCCUCUGUCGGCCCUGAGGACUAUCCCGCCGUGGACGAGGCUGAGAGAACUGCCAACAAUGACAUCAUUUUCGAUGACUACCGAGGGAAAGGCUGCGUGGAUGACAGUGGCUUCGUGUACAAGCUCGGAGAACGCUUCUUCCCGGGUCACUCGAACUGCCCGUGCGUGUGCACGGAGGACGGUCCUGUCUGUGACCAACCCGAGUGUCCUAAAAUACACCCCAAGUGCACCAAGGUGGAACACAACGGAUGUUGCCCCGAAUGCAAGGAGGUCAAAAACUUCUGUGAAUAUAGAGGGAAGACGUAUAAAAUCCUGGAGGAGUUCAAGCCUUCACCCUGUGAAUGGUGUCGCUGUGAGCCAAAUAACGAGGUGCACUGUGUGGUCGCUGACUGUGCAGUACCAGAGUGCGUCAACCCAGUGUAUGAGCCAGAACAGUGCUGCCCCAUCUGUAAAAACGGUCCAAAUUGCUUCGCUGGCACGACGAUCAUCCCAGCUGGCAUUGAAGUGAAGGUGGACGACUGCACCAUCUGUCGAUGCCACAGCGGAGACUGGUGGAAGCCUGCGCAGUGCUUGCGCCGGGAGUGUCUCAACGGUCAGCCGUCAUCAUAGAAGCCCUCUGGAGCUGAAGGGAGGGACACUAUGCGAUGUGCAACACGGUUGGCGGCGGAGGGACGGCCCACCUUGUGACAACGAGGGACUGAUUGGCAGGAGAACAAUUCCUCUGGCAAACUGAGAUGGCUGGACAUGCUGAGAUACAUGGGGACAUACUGUACACGCAGAUAUACACACACACACACGCACACACACAUAAAAGUCCUUGGCAGAGUCAUAAUAAGUGUCUUUCACUGAGGACACAUUUUUCUCUUGUGAUUAGUUCAUACUAGGGUGAACCUCAUGAAAACUUUUCACUCCAAAAUCAAGAGAAUGAAAUUAAAAAUGAUCCUUUUGCAUAAAUUCAUUAGAAUCUUUAUCACAUUUAUUUUUUUUUUAUAAAAAUUUGUCAAAAUUAGCAUUUUAAAUUUGCCUGAAAAUUGUUUUAUUUAUUUUUGUAACUCCACAUUAUUCACAGGCUUCU